AUGUCGACUAAACUGCAGGUCUCGAAGGCGGUGACCAAGAAAAACACAGCCACGGGUGGCCCCGUGCAAAGUCCAGGCAAGGUGCAGAAUGGUACGAAGAAGAAGAGCACGGAGGCUGCACCCAAACCCCGGACAUCUAGCGGUGACGGCCCUCCUGGUGGCGAGGUUCGCAAGUCCAGCCGCCCUCGAAAGGCGAAAGUGUGGUUUGAGGAAGGGGCGGAUGCUACCGAAGAAGGUGCUGAUCCUGUUAAGUAUGUCGGGAACAACCUUGAUGGCGAGGAUGUGGACAACCAGAAACACGAGGACGAAGCUGAGGCCAACGGCAAGUCGGGUGACGUGGGCGAAAACGAGGUGGACGAGGCAGUAGACGAGGCCGGCGACGAGCCGGAAGAGGAAGACUUGGCGGAGGACGAUGCUGAAGAGAAGGCGGAUGAAGAGGAGGGUGACGAGGCGGAGGAAGAGGAGGGUGACGAGGCGGAGGAAGAGGAGGGUGACGAGGCAGAGGAAGAGGAGGGUGACGAGGCGGAGGAAGAGGAGGAUGAUGAGGCGGAGGAAGAGCAGGAUGACGAGGUGGAGGAAGAGGAGGACGAGGAGUCUGAGGAAGGGCAGGGGGAUGAGGACGAGGCUGAGAAGGGAAGUGAGAAAGGCGAUUCGGCGGAAGUGGGGGAAGGUGCGGAUGCGCACAAGCCUCAAAUCACAAGAAAGGGUAGCUUUGACGAGAUGCUGGAAGAGCAGGGUGACGCUGAUGACGAAGACAUGGAGGAUGAGGCUGUGGCUGAGGAACGUGCUAUGCUGCUUGGGAAGCUGAAGGCACUCGAUGAGAUCAAGGAACCCGUUGUCAGCUCGAAGCCUGCUAGAAAGGGUGUGAAACGUCUUCCGCGUUCAGAACCCUCUAAGGUUCCUGCUAAGCCACCGCGAGGGAAAGAUGCAGUCACAUCGGCUAAGGGAAAGGAUAAAGUUCUGGCGACCGAUAGUAUUCUCGGUGGGAAGUCGAAACGGGAGUUCGCCUUGGUGGUUGGCGGUGCGCAGAAAAAGCAGAACACCGGUGAAGUGUCGGCCAAACCGAAGUCAACUCCUACGGCAGCAGGCGCUGGGACCAGCGGGGGAAAGGCCAAGGCAGGCGCUGGGGCAAGCGGGGUAAAGGCCAAGGCAGGCGCUGGGGCAAGCGGGGUAAAGGCCAAGGCAGGCGCUGGGACCAGCGGGGUAAAGGCCAAGGCAGGCGCUGGGACCAGCGGCGUAAAGGCCAAGGCAGGCGCUGGGGCUAAACCGACCUCUAAGGAGGCCAACACAAAAACCAAAGGUCAGACUUUUGCCGCAUUGUAUAGCACUGCGGGAUGGUACCACUUUUUAUUCGUGGCAUGCUUGCUGAUGUCACGUCGCUUUCCAUCCUUCCCUGCCGUCGCUUUCCUCCCAUCCAUGCCGUCACCGUCAUCCCAUCCCUGCCGUCACCUUCAUCCCAUCCCUGCCGUCCCCUUCAUCCCAUCCCUGCCGUCACCUUCAUCCCAUCCCUGCCGUCACCUUCAUCCCAUCCCUGCCGUCACAUUCAUCCCAUCCCUGCCGUCCCCAUCAUCCCAUCCCUGCCGUCCCCUUCAACCCAUCCCUGCCGUCACCUCUGACCCGUCUCUCAGUCACCUUUCCUCCAUCUCUUCCGUCCCGUAUACAAUCAACAGCUCCCAAUCAGUACUCUGGAGCUGCACCACCGGUGAAGGCCUAGGGAGGCAUAGGGUGGUGAGGCUUUACCUAAACCCCAACUCCCCUCUGCUUGCCUGCCCACUCUCCCCUCAACCCGAAACCACACCUGCUACCCUAAAUACAGGCCUAGGGAGGCAUAGGGAGGUGAGGCUUUACCUAAACCCCAACUCCCCUCUACCUGCCUGCCCACUCUGCCCUCAACCCGAAACCCCACCUGCUACCCUAAAUCCAGGCCUAGGGAGGUUUAGGGAGGUGAUGCUUUACCUAAACCCCAACUCCCCUCUGCUUGCCUGCCCACUCUCCCCUCAACCCCAAACCCCACUUGCUUCCCCUUCCAGGCAUAGGGAGGUGAGGCUUUACCUAAACCCCAACUCCCCUCUGCUUGCCUGCCCACUCUCCCCUCAACCCCAAACCCCACUUGCUUCCCCUUCCAGGCAUAGGGAGGUGAGGCUUUACCUAAACCCCAACUCCCCUCUGCUUGCCUGCCCACUCUCCCCUCAACCCCAAACCCCGCUUGCUUCCCCAUCCAGGCAUAGGGAGGUGAGGCUUUACCUAAACCCCAACUCCCCUCUACCUGCCUGCCCACUCUGCCCUCAACCCGAAACCCCACCUGCUACCCUAAAUCCAGGCCUAGGGAGGCAUAGGGAGGUGAGGCUUUACCUAAACCCCAACUCCCCUUUGCUUGCCUCCCCACUCUCCCCUCAACCCCAAACCCCACUUGCUUCCCCAUCCAGGCAUAGGGAGGUGAGGCUUUACCUUAACCCCAACUCCCCUCUUGCUUGCCUGCCCACUCUCCCCUCAACCCGAAACCCCACCUGCUACCCUAAAUACAGGCCUAGGGAGGUUCUGGCCUCGUUGCGUGCGCUCUUUCAGCACAACGAUGCCAGCACCAGAGGGGUCUUUUUCGAGCAGCUGUCCUCAACUAGGACUUCUAUCAACGGCUGGAUGAGAAAGGUGGCACUCACGGCGUUGGGUCGGCAGGCGAACAAGUGCUACUUGGGGAGGUUACCAGCAGAUCUGCUUGCCCCACUCGAGUUCUACACGGAUGAGGAGCUCAUUGCACGUUACAAGGAUGGGGAGAGGGGGCUGGCAUGGCAUCGGGAGCUCCUCAUCCCUUUCGGCAGCCUCAUCUUCUCGGUGUCCAUCAAGUUGGCUUUGGCGCGUCGUGGGGUCAAUUCUGAGAAGAUUAAGACCCGCCAGCUGGGUUGGAUCCUAUAUGCGUUUGAGUGGCCAAUCCUCAACAACGCGCCUGAUGGGAAGUUGAGUGGCAAGUGGGAGUACAAUCGGAUCCAGUACGAGGAGAUGUGCACCCGUGUGAAGCGGGAGGUCGAGAUCGCUGUCAUUGACCAUGGUGUCCCAUACGCCAAAAACACGAACACAUUCAACUUCCCCAACGGCGUCUACAUCGACGCGUCUGACAUGGAGACCCUUGUCAGCAGGGUGCAGGUAACAUUGCUGAAUUCCUCCCAUCUCAUCCGUCCCCUUCCUCCCAUCUCAUCCGUCCCCUUCCUCCCAUCUCAUCCGUCCCCUUCUUCCCAUCUCAUCCCUCCCCCCUCUUCCCAUCUCAUCCGUCCCCUUCCUCCCAUCUCAUCCGUCCCCUUCCUCCCAUCUCAUCCGUCCCCUUCUUCCCAUCUCAUCCGUCCCCUUCUUCCCUUCUCAUCCGUCCCCUUCCUCCUAUCUCAUCCGUCCCCUUCCUUCCAUCCCCUUCCGUCCCCUAUGCCUCUUUGCACAGGCUGCACGACCUGCACCAGCCCGGGUUGUCACCCCAAACCCGUAAUCACGGAGGUUAGCAGCAGCACUAGGGGGAUCGGUGCAGGGCGUAGCAGUGGCAGUAGCAACCUGCAGGAGCAGCACGGAGACAGGGGCGUAGCAGUGGCAGUAACAACUAGUAGCCGCAGCAUGGGGACAUGCGGAGCAGCAGUGGCAGCAACGGGACAGGUGCGGAGCAGCAGCGGCAGCAUGGGGACAGGUGCUGAGCAGCAGGGGCAGCAGGGGGACAGGUGCGGAGCAGCAGGGGCAGCAGGGGGACAGGUGCGGAGCAGCAGUGGCAGCAUCGGGACAGGUGCGGAGCAGCAGUGGCAGCAUGGGGACAGGUGCGGAGCAGCAGUGGCAGCAUGGGGACAGGUGUGGAGCAGCAGGGGCAGCAUGGGGACAGGUGCGGAGCAGCAGUGGCAGCAUGGGGACAGGUGCGGAGCAGCAGGGAAGGAUGUGGCAGUGCUCUUAUCAUCAGUAGAACCAACCCACCAUCAGUAG